GAAGAAUUUAUAUUAGAAAUCCUUGAACAUAGUGACGAUGUUUACGAUAAUAAUUCGAUCGCUAGUUCUAGCAAUUCUAACCAAGAAUAUGAGAUUAUUAACGUUGAAGAUGAUGAAAGUGACAACAAUAUACAAAAUGAAACAAGUGAUGACAGUAACAAUAGUGUGAGAAGUAAAGAAGGCAAUCAAGAAAAUGAAAUUAAUGAUAUUAAUAAUACUUAUCUUAUGGGAUCUAAAAAUGCAGUUAAUGACCCUAUCUAA